UGCCCGACAAACGAAAUUUUAAUACGUUGAUCGUACAAUUAUAUGAAGUGAUAUAAAUUUACAAGAAAUAAUAUAAUUUCGCAAAGUUGUAUUUGGCCUUGUUUGGCCAACAAGCGCACUGUUUGUUCAGAUUCUCGACGUCAAAAAGAUCGUUUCUUCGAUUCGCCAAGCGUAAUCUUGUUUGUCUAAAAAUGGCAUUAUUUCCGCCGUUUUGCAUUUGCACUCCUAUUCGGCAAAUAUUGAGUUAAUAAAGAUUAACGUCCUUGAUAAUCCGCCUUUAUACAAAUCGGCACGCUCAACAUUAAUCAGUCUGACGACUUCUUUUCCGCUUAUGUUACAAAAAGUGGAACAUCGUUUUUCGUUUCGUAAAUUCGCAAGAUAAUAAUAUUUCCUUUUUGUUGAAUGUGCACAAUCGGGUUUACGCGGGUUUGCUAAACAAAAUCGCUCCGUCGAUGAGACUUACAUCAUACAUCGACAUAUUUUCAACGUUCGUUAUCUAAUCGAGUCCACUCGACCGCUGAAUCUGAUCAUCCUUAUUCAAUCAGUCUAAUUUUUACUUCAUACUCGUGCGGACCUCUAUCUUUGGUAUUGAAAUUCUCGUGCACGUUAACAUUGCGUUCAAUAUGGAAGAAACGAUUUUGGAUACGUUGGAGAAUGAUAGCAUAAUACCGGAGGACGUGCAAGAGAAACUGUCAAGACUACUCGAAAGAUACCAGCAGCUGAGUGACGAGGACAAAGAGCAGUUCCAAAAAGGCGCCGUUGACGUAUUGACGAAGACUCUGCGAAAGUUACCCGGCAACUCGAUUUUAUCCACGUGGCUCGCGCCAUAUGAAUCUUACAUUCUAUUCAUUUUCGCGGUAUCGUUCGUGGCAAUUCCUCUCGUGAUGGGCGUCCGCCAAUUGUACCGGCGUACACAGGAGCGAGAGCAGAGUCAAACAGAGAAGAAAAAACUCAAAAAACAAAAAAUAAAAAUAAAACAACAAAAAGCGAACAUUAAGAAGAAGCAGCAAAAGACGACAUAACAUACGAUCAAUCUUAUAUUUUAAUGAAAGGAAAACUUGUUGACGAAAGUGAAGCAGAUUUUUAUAAUAAAUUCAAAAGAUGCAUGAUGUUCACUAUCAGACAGAUUUAAUGUAAUAUGUUGAAAUACUUGUAUAUAUAUAUGUUGUAUAUAUAUGUUUUAGAAAUAUUAUUAUAUGUCAUUGUCCGUGUAUCAACAUAU